AUGGCUUCUUCUUCUUCUCCUCCUCCUCCCCCUCCUCCUCAAUGGAAUUAUGAUGUCUUCUUAAGUUUUAGAGGUGUAGACACUCGUAAAAACUUUGUGGAUCAUCUCUACAGUGCUCUAGAACAGAAAGGAAUUUACACUUUCAAAGAUGACAAGAAACUUGAAAGAGGAAAAUCAAUUUCUCCGGAACUCAUCAAGGCUAUUAAGGAAUCGAGAAUUGCAAUCAUCAUUUUCUCAAUAAACUAUGCUUCUUCCACUUGGUGCUUGGAUGAACUGGUGGAGAUCAUUCAAUGCAAGACCACAAUGGGACAGACAGUUUUGCCCGUCUUCUACAACGUGGAUCCCUCCCGAGUAAGGAAACAAAAGAAGAGUUUUGGAAAAGCAUUUCGCAAGCAUGAAGAAGCUUUUGGGAAGGACGACCAAAAGGUGCAAAGCUGGAGAAAUGCUUUGGUUGAGGCAGCAAACUUAAGCGGGUUCGACCCAAAAGAAAUUGCAAAUGGGCAUGAGGCGCAAUUUAUUCAGAAAAUUGUUCAAGAGAUUAUGGAAAAAUUGGGGAGGCAUAUACCAUUAGAUGUUACCAAAUUCCCGGUGGGGAUAGAUUCUCGUGUAAAUAAAGUGAUCACUCUGCUAGACAAUGGGCAGAAGGAUGUGCGCAUUGUAGGGAUUUAUGGAGUUGGCGGGAUAGGAAAGACAACAAUUGCUAGAGCUGUUUUCAACCGAAAAUCUGGUGAAUUUGAAAGUCAUUGUUUCCUUGCAAAUGUGAGAGAAGAGUCAAAAGAACAUGGUCUAGCGUAUCUCCAACAAAAACUCUUGAAGGAAAUCCUAAAGGAAGGAGAUUUAAAUAUAUGUGAUGUUGGCCACGGGAUCAAUGUGAUAAAGCAAAGACUCCAACACAAGAAGGUUCUUGUAGUUAUCGAUGAUGUGAAUAGUUUGGAGCAAUUAGAAAGUUUAGCAGGGAGAAAUGACUGGUUUGGUUUUGGAAGUGAGAUCAUCGUAACAACUAGAGAUAAACGUGUGUUGGAACAGCGUGAAGUUCUUGAUCAUGAAAUCUACGCGGUUGAUCAGUUGAAUAACGAUGAAGCUCUUCAACUCUUUAGUUGGCAUGCCUUCACGAAAAACUACCCUGAAGAGAAUUAUUUGGAACUCUCACGAAGUGUAAUUAAUUAUGCUCAAUGCCUUCCAUUAGCUCUUCAAGUUUUGGGUUCUCUUUUAUUUAAAAGAAGCAUAGAAUACUGGAAAAAAGAACUCGAGAGAUUGAAAAAAAUUCCAAAUAAAAAAAUUUAUGAAGUUCUCAAGAUAAGUUUUGAUGGCCUUGAGGAUACGGAGAAGGAUCUAUUCCUUGAUAUUCCUUGUUUCUUUAAAGGGUAUCAUGAAGAUGAGGUAAAGAGUAUAUUGGACACUACUGGGCGAAUUGAAUUUCUAAAGGAGCGGUCCUUGAUAACUAUCUCACACAACAAUAGGUUGUGGAUGCAUGAUUUGAUACAAGAAAUGGGUUGGGAAAUUGUUCGUCAAGAAUCACCUAAUGAUCCCGGCGAACGUAGUAGGUUGUACUCUCAUAAAGAUAUCUAUAUAGUACUCAAAGAAAAUACGGGAACAGAAAAAAUUAAAGGCAUCAUGCUAGACAAACCUCAUCACCAUCUACCAGAGGAGUUACAUGUAAAUGUUGAUGUCUUUGCGAAGAUGAAGAGACUUAAACUGCUCAAACUUAGUGGCAUACAGCCUCAUGGACGCCUUACAUAUCUUCCAAAUGAAUUAUGUUAUCUUCAUUGGGAAUAUUACAGGGGAAGAUAUUUGCCAUCCAAUUUCCAGCCUGAAAAUCUUGUUCAACUUCACCUUCCUCGUAGCCAAAUCCAACAAAUUCCAAUGGACAUCAAGUUUAUGGGGAUGUUAAAACAUCUCAAUUUCAGCGACUCCCCAUAUUUGGAAAAAAUUCCUGAUCUGUCCAAUUUCCCACUUCUUGAGGAAUUAGAUCUCAAACAUUGUAGAAAUCUAGCUUGUCUGGGUGGAUCUCGUUGGAUGUAA